CUGCCUUCUAGCCUGACCGCGCCGUCUUCUGUUUCCCUGCGGGCGUUACCAGCCCUCGGGUGGCGCACUCCUCAGACAAUCUCCCCACGGGGCCCGCGCUGGGCGGUCCGGGGGCGACCUAGCGCUUCCGUGAGGCUUCUGGGAUUCGGGCUGCUUUCCCCACAAGCCACCGCGGCCACGGACAGGCCGGCUCCAACAUUUCCCAGAGGGCAGCGGGCCCAGCGGCUCUUUGGUUUCCUUUCCAUUUUUUCGCGCGGUUCUCUCGCUGUGCGCUCGCUCUGGAUUCUCUAGAAUUUGAAAUUUUUUUCAGUGGAAGAACACCAAGGAGCAUUGAUCCGGUCUUACAUUUCUAAAACCAUGACCUGUGACAUUCCAUUUCUAAGCCAGCUGUGGUUGACUUAUUGGAGCAAGGUAAAGCACCCUGGAUGAUUUUGAGGGAAGAAAUACAAAGACAGUAUACAGAUUUGGAUUUACAUUGUGAGGUAAUGAGCUAUGUAGAAAUGCCCACUUAUGAAAAAGAUAUAUCUUCCAUACAAUAUCAGAGCACAUAUAACAGAGAAAAACUCUAUGAACAUAAGAAAUGUCAGAAGAAAUUUAGUAGUGGCUCUCCGUUUACUCUACAUCACAGGUUUCAUAUUGGUAGAAGACUCUAUGAAUGCAAAGAAUGUGGGAAAAAUUUUUGUAAUGGCUAUCAACUUGUCCUACAUCAGAGAGUUCAUAUUGGUGAGAAACCCUAUGAAUGUACAGAAUGCGGGAAGAACUUUAAAAGUGGUUAUCAACUUACUGUACAUCAGAGAUUUCAUACUGGUGAGAAAACCUAUGAAUGUAGGAUAUGUGGGAAGGCCUUUAUUUAUGUUUCACAUAUUGUUCAGCAUGAGCGAAUCCACACUAGUGGGCCUUAUGAACGUCAGGAAUGUGGGAAGGCCUUUAGUCAAGGUAGAUACCUUAGAAUUCAUCAAAGAAUUCAUACUGGUGAGAAACCCUAUAAAUGUCAAGAACGUGGGAAGGCUUUUAGGAAGCGCUCAAACUUUGUUAAACAUGGGCAAAUCCAUACUGAUGAGAAACCUUAUGUAUGUGAGAAAUGUGGGAAGGCCUUUAAAAGAAGUUACCAACUUAGUGUACAUCAGAGUAUACAUACUGGUAAAAAAAACUAUGAAUGUAAAGAAUGUGGAAAGGGCUAUACCACUGCCUCACACUUACAUCAGAAAAUUCAUAAAAGUGGGAAACCAUAUGAAUGUAAAGAAUGUAAGAAAAUCUUUACCUUGUAUAGAAAUCUUACUUGACAUCAAUGUAUUCACACUGGUGAGGAACUUUUUGAAUGUAGGCAGUGUGGGAAGGUUUAUACUACUGGCUCAAAACUUUUUCAACAUCAGAAAACUCACACUGGUGAGAAGCCCUAUGAAUGUCACGAAUGUGGGAAGACCUUUAGCUUAUAUGGAUACCUUCACCAGCAUCAGAAAAUUCAUACUGGUGUGAAACACUUUGAAUGUAAGGAGUGUAAAAAAACCUUCACUUUGUAUAGAAAUCUUAUUCGACAUCAGAGUAUUCAUUCUGGUAGGAAACUUUUUGGAUGUACGGAAUGUUAGAAGACCUAUAGUAUUGGCUCAAACUUUGUUCAGCAUCAGAAAAUUCAUACUGGUGGGAAGCCCUAUGACCGUAGGGAAUGUGGGAAGGCCUUUAGUCGGGCUUCAAACCUUGUUCAACAUGAGAGAAUUCAUACUGAAUGAAUGGUUUACAAAAACCCUACAUGUGUAAGAAGUGUGGGAAAGCCUUCAGAUAUGGUUCAACUCUUAAAGCACAUCAGGGAAUGCAUACAGAUACGAAACUCUAAGAACAUAAGGAAUGUGACAGUGCCAUUAGGCAUGACCCAGACUUUUUUCACAUCAGGCAGUUCACAGUGGUGAGAAAUUAUUGAAUGUUAGUCUUCAUAGGUAUCUUUUCACCAGCUGAGAGAAUUCAUAAUGUAGUUUAUAUUACUUCAUAAAGAUUUCAGUGUUAGUCUUGUUUUAAUGGAAUGUUUGACUAAACAAUAGCGAAUUAAACCCCGAAUAGCCAAAGCAAUCUUGAAAAAGAAUAAAGCUGGAAGUAUUAUGAUCCUAGAUUUCAAGAUAUAAUACAAAGCUGUAGUAAUCAGUAUGGAACUGGCAUAAAAAUAGGCACCUAGACCAAUGGAAUAGAAUAGAGAGCCCAGAAAUAAACCCACAACUAUAUGGUUAAUUAAUAUUCAACAGAGGAGGCAAAAAUACGCAACGGGAAAAAGUCUCUUCAACAAAUGUUGGGAAAACUGGACCACUUUCUUACACCGUACACUAAAACUCAAAAUGGAGUAAAGACCUAAAUGUGAGACCCAUACCAUAAAAAUCCAAGGAGAGAGCACAGGCAGUAAUUUCUCUGACAUCACCUGUAGCAACACUUUUCUAGAUAGGUCCCCUGAGGGAAAAGAAACAAGCAAAAAUAAACUACUGGGACUACAUCAUGAUUAAAAAAAAAAAAAAAAAAGCUUCUGCACAGCAAAGGAAACAUUCAA